AUGGCGGAACCUUCCGAGUCUGCGCCGAAUGCUCAGGCAGAGCCUUCAGUAAUCUCCAUCGACCAAGGUGUCGGCGCGCCCUCGAACCCAACAGAAAUAGAGCCCGGUGUGGAAACGCAGCCUGAUAGUAUCGUCGACAAAACCGAGGAGUCCGUAAACACUGAAGGCAUUCCCGAACCUGCUAAUGACGACGAUCUCGACCCAAAUCCUGUCUCGGAGGAAGCAUUAGCUGAAGUCUCGGUCACGACCAACACACCGGCAGCUUUGGCCACUAGCCACGAAGAGACCAAGGAUAAUAAAGAGGAUGUCAAACAAGACGCAAUAGAGGUUUCGGACGCGUCUCAGAAGGAUUUACCCAUACCGCCCACUGACCGGCUGAUUUCCACACCAGAGGUAUCUGCAAAUGAACCAGUGGACCCGCCUGCCCAAUAUGCUGAAGUAUCAGACAAAGCAAACUCUGAAAUGGCUCCUGUAGACCUUAACCCCCCGGAAGUUGUCGUUCGGGCACCUUCGACUGAAUUGUCGCACACUCCAACGACCAGUGUACCCACUCCCAUAACCGAAUCCGAUUCCAGGCCUGGCUCAGUCCCUCCUCCUAUUCCUGAAAAGAUUAAAAGUCCGGUAGAUAGGUCUUCGGCCGCGGGCUUUUCUCAGCAUCGCAAUUCAUCUGUCUCUUCUGUGCGAACCUCUACUCCUGGUCCCGGCUCCCGUCCCUCUAUAUCAUCACAGCUCGAUAGACGUUCUUCGAUAGCCUCGCAAACUUCACAUCGUACGAAUGGGUCCCGCGCUUUUGUGUCUCCAGUAUUCUUCACAACGGCCCUCGAAACUAUUGCCGCGUCGCGUGAAGCAAAGCGAUCAACGCCGUUCAAGAAUUCCGUUGAUCAUGCAUUGGAGUUGGUAAAAUCUGGCAGAGGCGCCGAAAAGCCUAGAGAAAUCUUCGAGCCAUUACAGAUGGCAGUAGAGACGCAAAACGAAAAACUCAUGAUCACAGGGCUGGAUUGUAUCGCGAAAUUAGUAUCGCACGGAUUUUUCGCUGAGGACAUCUCGCCUGAACACGCGUACAAUUCACCCCCAGCCUCCCCUGCCCCAGGAGCCACGCCUGGUUCCACUGAAGGUCAAUCUACCACACAGAUGCCUCUCGCCGAUCUGAUUACCAGCACAAUCACCGCAGCAUAUACCGACACUACCCCCGACGCAGUAUCCCUCCAGAUUGUCAAAGCACUCUUGUCACUCGUUCUCUCUCCAACUAUCUUGGUUCACCAUUCAUCUUUACUGAAAGCCGUCCGGACUGUCUAUAAUGUGUUUCUGCUUAGCAAUGAUCCGGUUAACCAGAUGGUCGCCCAAGGUGGUCUCACGCAAAUGGUCAAUCACGUUUUCGGUAGAUGUAAGAUAGGUGAAGAUGGUUCGACUGAUCCCGAAACGCCCGGUACACCUAGCUUGGUGGGCUCUCAGCAUGCCAAGGAUGAUCUAUCUCAAAACCCAUCUGCGACUGGGUCCGUGAUUUCUUUGUCAGCACCUCGUCCAAAAUCCAACGGUACCCGACAGCAUUCCGAGCCGGUUGACACCAAUGGUCAUCACCCUGCUGAUUCCCCUAAUGACGUUGAAGAGCAUACAAACGAUACAGAGCCAACAUCAAAUCCGGAAGCCACAGGGACCACUUCGCCGACUUCGCCUGUGCCUCGAGCUCCAGAAAUGUUCGAGCAACCGAAUCCGAACGAUGCGUUACAGACGGGGAUCUCCGGCCCGCUGACUCGACCUAUUUCUAACAAUGACUUGUUCAUUAAGGACGCGUUCUUGGUGUUCCGUGCAUUGUGUAAAUUGACAAUGAAGCCAUUAGGCUCAGAUAGUGAACGCGAACUCAAGUCACACGCUAUGCGCUCCAAGCUUCUAUCUUUACACUUGGUACUGACUGUUCUCGACACUCACAUGCUGCUAUUUGUCGAUCCACAUGCAUUGAUAUUCUCCAGUUCCAGUAACGAAGCAACACCCUUCCUCCAUGCAGUGAAGCAGUACUUGUGCUUAGCAUUAAGUCGCAAUGCGAUCAGCUCUGUCCCCCAAGUAUUCGAUAUAAGCGUUGAAAUCUUUUGGAGAAUUCUCAGCGGCCUACGGACGAAGCUCAAGAAAGAAAUUGAAGUUCUCUUCGUCGAGAUUUUUAUCCCUAUUAUGGAGAUGAGGCAGGCAACCCCAAAGCAGAAGUCGACAAUCCUGGUAAUGUUUGCUAAGCUUUGUGAAGACCCGCAAACUCUCGUCGAUAUCUAUCUCAAUUACGAUUGUGAUCGGCAAGCGCUGGAGAACAUCUAUGAAAGGCUGGUAAAUAUAAUAUCCAAAACAGCCGCGUCACAGGCUCUGCCCCCAACAAAAGGUGCCGACCCUGGUGGUUCUACCUUGGCCACCGGACACACUGGACCCUCCUCUAUGCCCCCAUCCCUUAGCACUUCGGCUUUGACCCCUCAAUCAUCCGCUACACCACAGUCCGGAGAUAUACAACUUAACCGCCAAGGCCUUGAAUGCUUGGUUUCGGUUCUAAAAUCCUUGGUCGCUUGGGGAACAGGCAGCGAUAAGGUUACUUCAGAAAGUGGCGAUCGGACGAGCAGGUCUACUGCCCGGGAAGAUUCGCGACACGAUAGCCUCAGCGGUAGUGUCGGAGAGGAGGCUUCGCCUGUCACUAACGAAGCUGCUCGACAGUCCAAUCCUGAGCUUGUCGAUGAUCCAGGGAAGUUUGAGACCGCCAAGCACAGGAAAACUUUGCUACUUGAGGGCAUCAGACAGUUUAAUUUCAAGCAGAAAAAGGGCAUUCAAUUCUUUAUCGAAAAAGGGUUUAUUGAUUCCCGGAGCCCAAACAGUAUUGCAAGAUUCCUAAUCAGCACAGAUGGGCUAAGUAAAGCCGCAUUGGGGGAAUAUCUAGGCGAGGGCGAAGAAGAAAACAUUGCAAUCAUGCACGCAUUCGUUGAUCUGAUAGACUUUACUGGCCUUACUUUCGUCGAAGCUCUUCGGGCGUUCCUGCAGGCAUUCAGAUUGCCCGGCGAAUCUCAAAAAAUUGAUCGUUUUAUGCUUAAAUUUGCUGCACGAUAUGUUGCUCAGAACCCUCAGUCAGUUUUUAAAGAUGCGGACCCCGCAUAUGUUCUUGCUUAUUCAGUGAUCAUGCUUAACACCGACGCAUAUAACCCCCAAGUCAAAAAGCGCAUGACUAAAGCCGAUUUUAUCAAGAACAAUCGCGGAAUUAACGACGGAUCGGACUUGCCAGAGGAGCUACUCUCUGCCAUCUUCGAUGAUAUUCAUUCAAAGGAGAUCAGGAUGAAGGAUGAGGAGGAAGCUAUUGCUCUCCAAUCUAUCAAUACAACGCCAGCUGGGUUGGUUGGGGCGAUUGCCAAUGUGGGUCGUGAUAUCGCAAAGGAAACCUAUGUAAUGCAAACCACUGGUAUGGCCAACAAAACCGAGGCAUUGUUAAAAACUAUGAUGCGCUCACAACGCAAGGGCAACCCUACACCAGACCAGUUCUUUAGCGCGUCGCAUUUUGUGCAUGUUCGACCCAUGUUCGAAGUUGCAUGGAUGCCAUUCAUUGCUGGUCUAUCCACUAUGCAAAAUACGGACGAUAUGGAGUUGAUCGGACUCUGCCUUGAAGGGUUCAAAUUGGCCAUUCGUAUUGCGUGUUUCUUUGAUCUCGAGCUCGAGCGGAACGCUUUUGUGACCACACUAGCCAAAUUUACCUUCCUGAACAACUUAGGAGAAAUGAAGACAAAGAAUAUGGAAGCAAUCAAAGCGCUGCUCGAUGUCGCCGUUUCGGAUGGGAAUCACUUACGAGGCUCCUGGCAUGAAGUACUUACAUGUGUAAGUCAAUUGGAGCGCAUGGCACUGAUUGGUUCAAAAGACGAGACGCGAAGAGGAAAAAACAAGAGUCGAAAACUACCCGCGGAGGAGCUAGCCAACGAAAGCCGGUCCCGACAUAUCACAGUCGCUGCAGACAUGGUCUUCUCUUUAAGCCAUUAUCUCUCUGGCACUGCCAUACAAGAUUUUGUCCAAGCGUUGAGCGAUGUCUCCUGGGAAGAAAUUCAGACCUCAGGAUUGUCUGAACAACCUCGACUUUUCAGUCUGCAGAAGCUCGUCGACAUUUCAUACUAUAACAUGAACCGAAUUCGUAUGGAGUGGUCAAAUAUGUGGCAUAUCCUAGGCGAGCACUUCAAUCGGGUGUGCUGUCAUACCAACCCUACUGUCUCCUUUUUCGCACUGGAUGCCCUGCGACAGCUUGCUGCCCGCUUCCUUGAGAAAGAGGAGCUUGCGAACUUCAAGUUUCAGAAGGAUUUUCUAAAGCCGUUCGAAUACACCAUGACACACAACCAUAAUCCAGACGCAAGAGAUUUGGUUCUGCAAUGUUUGCGUCAUAUGAUCCAAACGAAAGUUCAAAAUAUUCGUUCUGGUUGGCGAACCAUGUUUGGGGUGUUUGCAGAAGCUUCCAAAGUACUAACAGAAUCCGUGGCUCAACACGCAUUUGAGAUAGUAUCUGGAAUUAACAAAGACCAUUUUGGCGCUGUUGUUCGGAAUGGUGCUUUCGCAGAUCUGACUGUAUGCAUUACGGAUUUCUGCAAGGUCACAAAAUUCCAGAAAAUAAGUCUCCUAGCUAUCAACAUGCUUCGAGGAAUAAUUCCAGUAAUGCUCAACCAUCCCGAAUGUGGCUUGAAUCCGAACCCUCCAUCGCCUCGCCCGGAUGCAACUAGCGUUCAAUUGACCGAGGACCCACUUGUCAAGUUUUGGUUCCCCGUUUUGUUCUCUUUCUACAAUAUCAUCAUGGAGGCUGAAGAUCUCGAAGUAAGGAAACUGGCAUUGAACUCACUGUUCAGUUCUCUCAAGACGCAUGGAACAACAUUUCCACCCGACUUUUGGGAUCAUGUUUGCCAGAAGCUUCUGUUCCCUAUCUUUGACGUUCUGAAGAACAGUCAAGAGAUGAGUCGACUGGCUACUGCAGAGGAUAUGAAUAUUUGGGUGUCAACAACAAUGAUACAAGCGUUGCGCGAAUUGGUUGAUCUAUAUACCCAUUUCUUCGAACUUUUGGCACGAUCUCUCGGAGGCCUGCUUGACCUUCUCUCAGCCUGCAUUUGCCUGAAAAACGAUACCAUUUCACGGAUUGGAACAUCUUGCUUACAGCAACUACUAGAGAAUAAUGCGCAAAAGCUCACUAACGCGCAGUGGGAUACUGUUGUAAUGACUUUCCUUCGUCUGUUUAAAGGCACUACCCCACACCAAUUAUUCGAUGAAAGUCUACGCGCAGAAGGAGAAGUCGUCCCAGUUGCGGGAGACCGUGAGCAUCACGACAAUGAGCCUUCAGGUCCGCUUUCCCCUUUGAACGACGGCGUGCCCAUUUCGGGGCGUGACAGAUCUCGCAUCUUCAAGGAUAUCAUCAUGAAAUGCGUUAUCCAGCUCCUGCUCAUCGAAACCACCAACGAUUUGCUUCAAAACAAGGAAGUGUACAGAACCAUCCCUCCGGACCAGCUUUUGAAAUUACUUUCUGUCCUUGAUCACAGCUAUCAGUUUGCUCGUAGUUUCAAUGCUGAUAAAGAACUUAGGACGGGUCUCUGGAAAGUUGGCUUCAUGAAACAUUUGCCCAAUCUCUUGAAACAAGAGUCUUCUAGUGCGGCUUGCCUGAUCAACGUUUCGCUUAGAAUGUAUUAUGAUAAACGCCCCGAGUAUCAAGCUCAACAUGCGCAGGUUGCUGACCGAUUAAUGCCAUUGGGUCUCCAAAUUAUUGAAGACUUCAAUGCUCUUCGCACAGAAGGUCAAGGAAAAAAUGUUGCAACUUGGACUCCCGUGGUUGCUGAAAUCUUGCGCGGCUUCUAUCAUUUUGACGACCAAACGUUUGCGAGGUAUUUGCCGGCUUUGUAUCCUCUUGCGACAAUUCUUAUAACGCGCGAUGCGGCUAUCGAAAUACGACAACCGCUGUCUGAUAUUUUUGUCCGCAUUGGGCGUACGAAAGGUAUCACCGCCUAG